GCUGGGCAGGCGGCGCUGGGCAGAAGGGCUCCAGCCGCGGCAGGAGCAAUCUGCCUCUCCUCAGGUGGGCGCCCGGGGUCGGGUCAGGAGUCGCCGGAGCCCUCCAGAGAGAGACCUGGCGGCGGGAGGCUUCCUUCAACGGAGGAGGAGAGGGACGGUCGACUGAGGGGAGCAAGGCUUGCGGGCAGAGCAAGGCUUUGUGGGAGCAAAGGAGAAGGCCCACCACCACUGGAGCUCAAGGGGCAGCAUGCAUCUGGAGGAUGGCUGAGGCUGCCCACAACAGCAACACCAUCACCACCGCUGUCCAGUGUUGGCUUUCCCAGCGUGAGGGGCGAGGAAUGCAUAUUGUCUGGGGAAUAUUGCUUUGUUUUUUCCUGGAGACAACUGUCGGCAGCCUCACAGCAGCCAAGCUGCCCAUUUCAGAUCCUGAAAACAGGUUUACAAGAGAUCAACCAGCUUAUUUAAGGAGUGAAACCGCCUUUCUUGAAGAACUGGUAGUUGGAAGUGGUGACACCCUUGAACUCCUGUGUAAUGCACCAGGCUUAUCUUUGUCUGUCUUCUGGUAUAAAGAUGGGAUCGGGAUCUCACCUACAAAUCGAACUCAUAUUGGCCAAAAAUUGUUGAGGAUUAUCAAUGUGUCCUAUGAUGAUUCCGGCCUUUACAGUUGUAAGGCAAGGCACUCGACUGAAAUGCUCAGGAACAUCACAGUACGGGUGACAGAAUCUACAUCAUCAGGUGAUGAUGAAGAAGAUGAUGAUGAAUCUGAAGACAGAAUUGCUCCAUACUGGACCCGUCGUGAGAAAAUGGAAAGGAAACUACUGGCAGUACCUGCUGCAAAUACUGUUCGCUUUCGCUGCCCAGCUGCUGGCAACCCAGCUCCUUCUAUAUAUUGGCUGAAAAAUGGUAAAGAAUUCAAAGGAGAGCACCGUAUUGGGGGCAUUAAGUUCCGCAAUAAGCAAUGGAGUAUCGUCAUGGAGAGUGUGGUUCCAUCAGAUCGGGGCAAUUAUACCUGUGUUGUGCGCAACAGAUAUGGCGUCAUUUGGCAUACUUACCAGCUCGAUGUUCUUGAGAGGUCACCCCACCGCCCUAUUCUUCAAGCAGGAUUGCCUGCUAACCAGACAGUGGUGGUUGGAAGUGAUGUUGAGUUCCACUGCAAAGUGUACAGCGAUGCCCAGCCUCACAUCCAAUGGUUGAAACAUGUGGAGGUCAAUGGAAGCAAAUAUGGACCAGAUGGAACUCCUUAUGUCACUGUGCUAAAGUCUUGGAUCAGUAAAAACGCUGAAGCCGAUGCUAACCUAAAUCUGUUCAAUGUGACAGAACAAGAUGAAGGAGAAUAUCUAUGUAGAGCCAACAAUUUCGUAGGCAGAGCCGAAAAAUCAUUUUGGCUCCACAUUCGCAAAUCAAAACCAGAAAAAAAGGUUGAAGUGGAUGACUCCAGCUCUCUUUAUGCAGGCAUCCUCAGUUACGGAACUGGCUUUGUUCUUUUCAUAUUAGUGGCAGUGGUGAUAGUUAUUUAUAGAAUUAAAAGACCAACCAAAAAGCCUAUAAAUGCCACCACUGUUCAGAAAGUCUCCAAGUUCCCACUCAAGAGACAGCAGGUUUCUUUGGAGUCAAACUCUUCAAUGAAUUCUAAUACGCCACUGGUCAGGAUCACCCGCCUUUCAUCCAGUGAUGGACCAGUGCUGGCAAAUGUCUCAGAGCUUGAGCUGCCUUCUGAUCCCAAGUGGGAAUUGGCAAGAUCUCGCCUGACCCUAGGAAAGCCAUUGGGUGAAGGUUGUUUUGGUCAAGUCGUGAUGGCAGAAGCAAUGGGUAUCCAUAAAGAGAAACCAAACAAGCCUAUCACUGUAGCUGUCAAGAUGCUGAAAGAUGAUGCCACAGACAAAGAUCUGUCUGACUUAGUCUCAGAAAUGGAAAUGAUGAAAAUGAUUGGGAAGCACAAAAAUAUUAUUAAUCUGUUGGGAGCCUGCACACAGGAUGGCCCUCUCUAUGUUCUGGUGGAAUAUGCAUCAAAAGGGAACUUACGAGAAUACCUUAGAGCUCGUCGGCCACCUGGCAUGGAUUACUCUUUUGAUACCUGCAAGCUGCCUGAGGAACAAUUAACAUUUAAAGACUUAGUCUCAUGUGCCUACCAAGUAGCCCGUGGAAUGGAAUAUCUGGCAUCUCAGAAAUGCAUCCAUCGGGAUUUGGCAGCUAGAAACGUCUUGGUCACCGAAGACAAUGUGAUGAAAAUAGCUGAUUUUGGCCUUGCCAGAGAUGUUCACAACAUAGAUUAUUAUAAGAAAACAACUAAUGGUCGACUGCCUGUGAAAUGGAUGGCUCCAGAAGCGCUGUUUGACCGUGUCUACACUCACCAAAGCGAUGUAUGGUCCUUUGGAGUGCUGCUAUGGGAGAUCUUUACUUUAGGAGGGUCUCCAUACCCAGGAAUUCCUGUUGAGGAACUCUUCAAACUCUUAAAGGAAGGCCAUCGAAUGGAUAAACCAGCAAACUGUACCCAUGAUUUGUACAUGAUUAUGAGGGAGUGCUGGCAUGCAGUACCUUCACAACGACCAACUUUUAAGCAGCUAGUGGAGGAUCUAGAUAGAGUCCUGACAGUGACCUCAACUGAUGAGUAUCUUGACCUGUCAGUGCCUUUUGAGCAGUAUUCCCCUGGAGGCCAGGAUACACACAGUGCCUGCUCAUCAGGAGAUGACUCUGUAUUUGCACAUGAUCUUCUCUCAGAUGAGCUCUGUCUUCCCAAACAGCAAGCAAAUGGCAUCAUCAUCAGGACAUGAUAGCAGACACGCAAAAAGAAAUCUCUUGAAUGUAUGUUUUGGGGAGGAAUAAAACCCAGGGAAAGAUUUUCUUAUUCUCUUCCAUGGCACAAAAGAUGUGUAUACCCAUGAAAUCAUAGCAUAGAGCCUAUUUUCCCUUUGUUCCAUUAUUUAAACCAACCAAAUGGUAACAAACAUUGUUUGGUCCUAAAGAACACAUCGUUUUGCAGAAUAGUAGUACCGUGACAGGUAAGCGUUCCAACUAGAUCUGUGAUUGGCUCCAUGCAAGCCCCUUCCAUUUAUGUAGACCUUAGGGCCCUUUCCCCACAGCCAACACACCUUAUCAGGGUUAUGCAUCUCCUACACACCUGGAUAUGUUACAUUGGAAAAGGGUGUUGUGAAGCCAUAGGUAGCCCUCUGGUCAUUUCUGGUUUCAGCAAGGGUCUGGGUAUGUAGUCUGCAAUAAGUCCCAGGGUUGGAAAAUUGACCCCUAGAACUAUGAAUGUUUCCCACACUUGACCCCAAGUGCUGAACUUUCACCCUUGAAUGAGAGUGCCACAGUCACCAUUCUGUGCCUUUAAUGAUGGGACUGAGGAAAACAAAUAUUUAUCUUUAAGAGAUAUGUGUGUAAACAACAUAGUUCGUUUUAUGACACCAUGAAUACAUGAAUCUUUUAGUGGACCUCAAAAGCCACAUUGCCUGCUGGGAUUCAUACUUAUGUAAAUACCUAGACCAGAAUUCACUAAGGUAAUUACAGAUGGGUAACAUAUUUGUGACAGGUUCAUAUUCACGAUCCCAAGAUACAAAGGGACCAUGAAAGUUCCCCAGUCCUCAUUUACAGGGCAGCAGCAUUCUACAGCUGGCCCUUGAAUCCGCGGAUGGCCCUGCCCUGUUCUCCCCAGUGGCGAUGUGCAUGUGGCUGCACCAGUGCAGUCACAUACAUAGCACACUGUUGUUGGAAGAACGGGACUUGAGGUCCCAUGUUUUUUGUCAUCCAGAACAGAACCUCUGUGCAUACCAAGGGCCAACUGUAUUCCCCUGUUCAUUGAGAAGCAGCCAACGGAUGUUCUCCAACACCCUUUCUGUGAAUGAUCGCCAGUGUGAGAGGGAAUUGCAACAGGGACCCUGCUUCUGUCUUUCACAUCAGAAAUCACUUGAGAAAGGGUAGGAACAUCAGCUGCUUCCUAAUCAAUGGGGGAACAUAACCCAGUUGAUCAUAGAGCAGCUGCUCAGAAAGCAGGGAUUGGAGGACCAUAUAUUCAUCAUCUACAUAGAAAGAAUUGUAAAGCCAUUCUGAAGAGUUAGUAAUUUUUUAAAUGUAUCGGGCUUCUUAAGAAGUUGCCUUGGUUUUGCCUCUUGCACUAGCAUCAGGAAAAGAAUAAGUGAAUCUAUGCAGACAGGAGAGAACACUAAAGACAUGGAAAUGUUGUAAACUGUAAUAAAUGAGGGGUGGUUUUGAGUAUGCACAUUUUGUGGUUACUUUGUCCUAAUUUUUUCCAGGGAAUUGUUUAAAAAUCAUGAACAGUGUUAGACACAAAUCUUGCUAUUUGCUGUAUUUAUUUACUUAUAUUCUUAUGUGUAGAAAUAUUAUAGGUUAGAGCUUCAAAGUUCUCACAUUGGAUUUCUGCCACCUUUUCUCAGAAAUCUCGUAGCAGUUUCCAUUGCCCAACAAAUACUUGGAGAAAAUAAUUACGGGUACCUGUAGGCAAACGCCUUUUAACUUAUCAAAAAGUUCUGUUUCCUAGAUUUGUGUGUAUGUGUGUAUAUGUAUGUAUGUGUAUCAGAGCUAUAAAUAUAUAUUUGUGUAUAUAUGAGUAAAAUAAUAUUGUAGAUCAUAGGCUGAAAGAUUAUUUAUCCAAGUAAAAAGCCUUUCAAUCUAGAAUAUACUGAUCUAGGGAAAGAGAUUUUAUUUGUCUUUCCUGUAUUUUUGUUUUUAAAAUUAUAUCUUAACAUUUUGUAUAUUUGUAAAAUUAUUUAUAGAUAUUAACAGUGGUUCUUUUCAUUGGUUUUAAUACUUUAAUAUUAAUGUAUACAUUUACCUUUUCACCAGAUCUAAACUUAACUUAUUGCAAGUACAGGAAGAUAAAUUAUUAUUAUUUUUCUUCUGCAUUUAUGGGAAAUAUUAAAAUGUAUAGCUGUACAGUUAUUUGCUUUUAAUAUUAUAUUUUCUUUUUUAAACAAAAUUUUUCCUGGAUUGCAGUGAAUAUGUGUUCUGCAACAUAUUAGAGUUAAAUCCAAACAGAUGGCACCAGAGAUUAUUUUUACUUCUGUGCAAAAGACAAGAAAUUUUCAUUACUUUUACCACUGUGCAUUAAAGGGUGAGAGUGCAUUUUUUUCUCUUUUUUGAAUGAAGGUAUUCUUUGCGAUUCACUUAAUAACAUGCAGCAAAGUUGAAUGUCAGUUGUAAGAAUGUGUGUGUUUGUGUGUGCACACGCACAUAUGUGCAUGCCAUGUGUUUUCUCUUACCAGACCCAUUUACUUUUUCAAAUGGGGAGAAAACAAAAAUAAAUAAAAAAUAAAAAAUAUUUAAAUUAUAUAUGGAGAAGAUCUUGAUGAUUUAAUAGUCUUUGAGUCUAACAUUUUAUUUGGGAAAAUGCUAUGUUUUAUAGAUGAGAAAUUUGUAUGUGCUGGAUAACUCUAUCAAAGCAUUUUAGCUAAUGAGGAAAAUAUAAAGUGGACUGAGAUCAAGAAAGUUGCAUUUGUAAAAACCUUUUAAUCCUUACAACCACCAAGAAAUGCCUAUAGUAAGCCUAAUAAUUUCUGUACAGAGCACUUAUUUCAAAAAAGUAACAGGAUGGCCACCAUCCCAAUUUAAUAUUAAUUUUGUAAUAAAACAUUGAUUUUAUGAAAAUAGCUAAUUUAUAGAUGUGAAGUUUCAAAGAGUUUUUUUUUAAAAAAAUAAAUUUAUAUAGAUGAUUGUGUUUUUGAAAUAAAGAAUUAUGUUAUUUUCUUACUUUGUAUGCUAGCUUUCUACAUUCCAAGAAUCUAAAGAGUUGCUAUUCCAAUCCAGAACAAUGUAUAAAUGUGUGCCUGAGUUUACUAGUUAUUAUAAAUAUAUAUGUGCAUAUAUAUAUAAAUUUAUUGAGUUUUUACAAAGAUUGUCAACUUGUUCAUUCUUUAGCUUUUUCAGUUCUUGUAUAAUUAUUUAGCCAAGACUUUUUAAAGCAUAAGCAAGUCUUAAACCAUUUUUCCUGCUGAUGUUACAAGCUACAAAUUUUGCAUAUAUUGAGAUUUUGAUGAUUAUCUUCUUAGUUCAGUAUUUUCUGUAUUUUGCUUAUGUUGCAACUAUUGAAAGAUGUGAAACACAGUCUGUUCUUGCUUUCAUUUAUUUGGCCUAAAAAUAAAAAAAGAACAUUGAAUGUAAUUUCUUCUCUUACCUCACUCCUGCAAUUUUUGGAGACUCUUUUAAAGAAUAAACCUUCACUUUCAAAUAAUA